AUGAGUGAAGUUAUUUUGGCGACUGGAGGAUAUGACGAAAAAGUAGUUUUAUGAAACCCCAGCACUGAAGUAGCAACUCGUGUAAUUCCUCUUAAAGAUGUGCAUGUCAGUGCUCUUGCUGUGACCCCUGAUCGUCAAUAUAUAGCUGUGGCUGCAUAUAAAUCUUUAAAAUUAUUUGAUCUUCAGUCAAAUUCAACCAUACCAGUCCACAACUAUGAUGGGCACUCAGGAAAUAUUACUGCUAUUGGAUUUCCUAGCUCCCCUUCGUGAGUGAAAAAAAAUUGUUCACUUAUGGAAAGUGAUUGAUUUUUUUUAGAUUUCUAAAUAGAUUAAUUUAAUUUGAAAUGUAAAAAUCCUAUAAAAUUGUAAAGCGAAAAUAAAUUUAAUCUAUAAAAAUAUGGUUUAAAAUGCAAGCUGUUUAAGAUUAAACAGAAUUAGCUAGAGAUUUCAUUAUAAUAAUUAUCACUUAUAAUAUUUUUAAAAAAUAAAUUAUAUUAAAAAAAUUUUUGUUUAUUACAUAGGGCGUUUUUUUAAUUAAAAAAUACGGGGUUUUUUAUAAUAGUUUUGUUCUCCCGCAGAGGAAAAGGGGAGAGUAAGCGUUCAAACUGGCUGUAUACAGCGUCAGAAGACGGAACCAUAAGAAUUUGGGAUUUCAACACAAAUCGAUCUCAAAGGUGCUAUGAAGGGAAGACAGGUGUUAAUACAGCAGUGCUUCAUCCUAAUCAAAGUGAAUUAAUUGCAGGCUACGAAGACGGCUUAUUGGCUGUAUGGGAUAUUGCCUCCAGUAGUUAUCGAAUUGUAGUCAAUCCAGACGAAGAAGCUAUAAGAAGCACACAAAUAGCUGGGGAUGCUAGAUUUGGAGUAUAUGGAAACAAUCUAGGAGUUAUAGCUUUUUCCCUUGGAUUAUCCAGUAUAAAAUUGAGCUAUUUUUAGCCAGAUAAUCUUAGACAAACUUUAUAUCACAAUAUGAACACUUGACGGUGACCAAUUCAGAAUUUUAGGAAGAAUCCAAGCACACAAUAAUUUAAUUACAAAAUGUGUGCUUUCGAUGGAUUCAAAAUUAUUGGCGACGUGCUCUGCUGAUAAAACUGUGAAACUUUGGAACGUCAAUUUAGAUAGUGAGGAACUGCUAGGGCUGGAUAAAGCACUUAUAGGGCACAAGAUGUGGGUGUGGGAUGCGAACUUCACAUGUGAUUCAGCUUAUAUUGCAACUGCGUCAACUGACGCUACUGCAAAACUGUGGGAAGUGAGCAGCGGUAGGAUUGCAAGAAACUAUAUUGGAGUUCACAGCAAAGGAAUUUGCUCUCUUGUUCUUAAUGAUCUAACUAUAUAA